CGACAUUUCAGGCACCUUAAUGACCUCUCAACAUGAAUAUGUGCGAAACAUUGGAGUAAGGCACUAAAUAAACUUUAUGGAACUACAAAACUGAUUGUAUCAAGGGAGGACUGAACAAAAUGAUAUUCCAGAAAUCUACAACACUCUUACUUGUACUCUUCCUGAAUCUUUUUGAUACGGCAUGUUGCUUUGAUUGUGCUGGAAAGCCCGAUGGAGUGUAUGAAUCGAGUUGCCAGUCAGCAGUCAAGUGUACUAACGGAACUGCCAGUAGGCUAGACUGUACCAUACCGCAAGUUGUCAACGAAGAGACUCGAGAUUGCGACAAUGCUCUUAAUGUGAACUCACCUUGUGGAACUUUUCGGGACUGUUCGGUGAGGAAUGACGGAGGUUAUCCAGACUUGGAAACAAAAUGCCAGUGGUACUACAUGUGUUCGUACGGUAUUUUGUACGGGCACCAUAAAUGUGCAAAAGGUUUAGUAUGGAACACGAUGUUACAAACAUGCGACUUCCCAUUACAUACUUCACCGCCAUGUGGCACAAAGAACUGAGUGGAAUAAUCAGAGCUAAGCGUCAUA